AUGCCAGGACAACGGCGCAGGCAAGAAGUCCCUAUUGAAAGCUCCUGGCGCAUGGUGGAAGGCGAACACGACAGCUUCGAUACUUCUAUUGUCCCGGACGACGAGGAUUUGUACCUCUCCAGUCAACCGUCGCAACUCUCAUCAGGAUCGCAAGGUCAAAGUUUCGGCAACUCUCAGGACGACAGCCUUCAAUCAUUUCUCAGCAAGGCCGAAGACGAGCAGGUCAUUCUUAGAUCACCAUUCCGACCAUCGGUUCCAUCUUCGAUCAGACACCCGUCCAGAGAGACCUUGAAGCACCGCUCACCGGAUCCUGAAUUCGUCAUGCCUUCCGUGGAGAUCGAUAGCCCGCGACGGGGAGGCACCAGAUCCUCCGCGCAUGCGCGGAGUGUUGAAAAGACCUUCCUACGCCGGAGACAAGUCGCAGUUGAGCCUAGCGGCACACGUGUGGAGCAUGACCAGAGACAUACACAGGAUUCUCAGCCAGGUCUAGGCGAUAAGCUCGCCCAAUCACUACCCUCAGCUAUCCUCAAUGUGCUCUCUUGGGGAUUUGGCAUCAUUGGCUUGGCGUUUCGGUAUGCGCAGAAGCCUUUGGCAUUCGUACUUGCGGUUUACCUUUUCUUUGGUGGUCUGAUCAUCGCCCAGAACAUGGCGACAAAGUCGAUUGCAACAUCCAUGUCCCCGCUUUGUCGCAUUCCGGGUAUCUCAUGGCUGAACCUGCCCUUCUGUCCCAUGGUUAUACCACCUGGUCAGAACCAAGCAGGUGGGAAGGUUGAGUUCGAUGGCUUGAUGAAUAUCCAGGAAAGCUUCGAAGAGGUUCUAGAAAAGAGCGCAAACGGAGUCUCUUUACCCAUGGAAAUGAAGCGUUCUGAGGCCUCUAUCAGAGACUUGCGUACAAUGGUGCGCUACAGCAACUUGCAAAGCAAAGAGGAGCUUGUGCUGGAAUUCGAUGGGUUCAUCGACACAGCCAAGGUUGCCUCAAACGAUCUACAAAGAUUCAACACCCAUGUCGGCUCAGCAGUUGACUCCGUCAUCAGCAUCAACCGGUGGACAUCACGAUACAUCGACAGCCUUUCGACAGAUCGCGGAUCACAAGGAUGGAUUCAAGACUUUGCGCACUGGGCCUUCUCACCAUUUCAGCCUGCGGUAUUCUCUGAGCGCGUUCUGUUGGACAAGUACGUGGAGCAUACGGCACUCGUGUCGGACAAGAUUGCGGACUUGAUCGUCGAGGCGCAAGCCGUCCUUCGCACUCUGUCCAAGGCAGAGGAUCAUCUGGGAAUCAUUUACGACUUUGUUACGCGAACGCAGAAGUCGGUGCAGUCGCGCAAGGACGACAUUCUCUGGACGCUCUGGACGCUCGUCGGCGCGAACAACAAACACCUUCACAACCUGAACGGGCAGCUCUCUCUUCUGAAGAAGGUCGAUGCACAGAGAAGCAGCGCGGUGAGGCAGGUGUCAGAUCUUAUCACAGAGCUUGAGAAGAUACAGGCAGGUCUGGAUGACCUGAGAGACAGAGUCGCCGAACCAGAAGUGGCUAGAGUGAGCGGCAAGACGGACAUACCUCUUCGCGUACACAUUGAGACGAUAGAUCGCGGCGUUGAGAGGCUGGAACUUGCAAGGAACCGCAUCCGAGCGCUGGAGAAUGAGAGGAUUGCGCAAGUUUUGGCGCGGAACCCCAAAAAGGAUAAAAUGAUUGAUUCUACAUGA